AUUUGUUUUGCGCACUGAUUUCUGUAUGUAUAAUAUAUAAUUUUCAAGCGUGAUUAAACUGGCAACCUUCUUUUAUUCUAAAAAAACGCAUUACAAGAGAAGAGAUAUUGUGGAAAUAAUUUUCAUAAAAAUGUAUAAAGUUUCUAUAAAUUUAAAAAAAGACACAGACAAUUUAAAUUUAAUAUACGAUUCGAUUCUUAAUAUCAUAUACGCUUCUUCUGAAAUAUUAUACCUCUCUAGGUCAUCGCUACUGUUUUGAUACCAACACUGAGAAUUUAGUACGUAUUGAAUUCUCGAUCGAUACACAUCGUCUCUCGACUCACCACACGACUUAAUUUCAACGUACAUGUGUAAUAAAGUAAAGUUCUGUGUUUAAGUUGACUAAUUUUCUCUAGAUAUGAGCAUCUUUCUCAUGAAUAGAUUCUUCUUACUGUGCUUCGUCGUGGCCACAGUACAGGAUGUUCUGGUACUGGGUUCACCGCAAGCCGCGAAAAUAAUGGACCAGAAUCCGCUACCGACUAUGUGCACCUACAGUAAAACUAAUUCAAUAUUGAAAGCGCGGUGCUCCAAAUUAAAGUCGAACGAAAUUCCGUUAGAUUUGAAGACGGACAUACAGGUACUGGAUAUUAUCGGGAAUCACUUGAUCGAACUGAAGAACGACAGUCUGCAUCCUUACAAAAAGCUGAUCUUCAUCUAUUUACGUAACAAUUGGAUUAUUAACAUUGAAGAGACAGUUUUCGCCAAUCAGCCUUACCUGCAGAUGCUGGAUCUGUCGUUCAACUAUAUCUUCAAUCUGCCCAAAAGUCUCUUCCAAUUGCCGUAUCUUCGCACGCUCUACCUUGACCACAACAGGCUUACCGAUAUUGUGUUUAAGAUGAAGGUGACCUCGCCUCUCAGACUGCUGCAGCUAUCCAAAAACUCCCUACACGUGAUCCCGAACAUAGGCGUCCAGCCGACUCUCCUUAAUCUCAACGUGUCCGACAACUUCAUCACCUGGGUCAGCACCGAAAAUCUAGCGCCGUUCUGCUCGCUGAAGGUACUCGAUAUGACCGGAAAUAAAAUCAGAUUUAACGAGGGUAGCUGUGAUUGCCAGGCGUUCAACGCCUGGGUAAAGCUACGACAAAUCAAAAUAAAGCCCGAUCUCUACAAAUGCACCGAUUCACCGGCAAUGCACAAGGCGUGCGCCAACGUGAGAUUCAGCAAUCGGACGUACGAGCUGUUCAACGAGUGCUUGGCUAUGAUACAACAAAAGAUAAAAACCGAGAAGCCUCGAUCUGUCUGGAUACACGUCGCCUCCUGCAUUUCGGUGUACCUCAUCGUGGUCCUUGUGGCGUUGUUUUGCGUGUACAAGCGGUACUGUAAGCGGCGCAGAAGGCAUUAGAAACAGCAACAGCUAAUAACCUUUUGAACAGUUUUCGUCAUGAUCAACAAAAGCGUUAUUAAUUAUCAUCUAGAAACCGGAAAUGUCGAAUAAAAUAAGUUAGACUGUUAAUGGUACUUAUUGUUGGAAAUUACUUUAGACUUUGAAUAAAAAAAAAAGAAAAAAAAUGAGAAAUCAGGUUUUAAAGAAAAUAAUCGGUGAAGAAGACUCUUCCGGGGAGAUUAAUAUAUUUACAUCAAAUAUAAACGCGUUAAUAUAUAAAAAAUUUAUAAAUGUUAUUAUAUCGUGUUCGCGUACAUAAUGGUUACGAUAAUUUUAUAUAAAAAUCUAUGUGAAUGUGCGGAAUUUUAGAAAAAUUCUUUGCGUAUUUAAACGAAUAUUAUAUUACUCUCAAUAUUAUAUACUUUUGACAGCGAUAUAUGCACGAAGAAAUGUCGGCGUUAAAUUCUUUGAUAUCGGUCAAAUAAACUCCUCGAAAGCCGAUCGCUCAAUAUCGUCGCGUGCUUUUUAUCGAUGUAAUAGCGAUUUGUUUUACAACAGUUUUUUAAAAUUAUUGACUCCGUGUCUUACAAUUGUUAGCGGCGAUACUUAAUUUUUUCGUACAACUGGCGUUUGCAACCAUAAAUUUAUAUCAAUAAGAAUUUAAGUCGUUUUUUAUUAUACACUGAAUAUGAUUACAGAAAAUGGUCGAAACGUUCGAAAAUUGAAUAAAGAGUAAAUUUGUUUUGCGCACUGA